AUGUUGACACUUCAAAGUCUCGGAGUUCCAAUUCCUGAACAAUUAUCUUCAAUGUUUAAGGCUAACAAGAAGAACACGUAUUCUUAUUUGGAUAAAUAUAAAAUAUUUAAAAAACUCGUGGAGUACAACUUACGUAAAGUUGGCCGUUUCCCGAAUAGCAAUAAGGAAUUCACCGAUAUAACUCGUCACAAUUGGGAAAGAAAAGAUAAAAAGUUCGAGGAAUUUAUUGAAGAAUAUACUGAACAAGUGAAUUUAUGCCGCCAAAAAUGUUUUUCUCUUAACGUUAAACCUUUUGAGCCAAAAAAUGCGAAAAAUACAAAAAAAACCACAACAACUGACAUCGCUUCAGUCAGCAAUACUAUCCAGGUUUCGAAUUUGUUUAAUGGAUAUCCAUCAACCUUGGACGAACAAGUCGUAUUUAUACGAGAUUUCGACAUAAUCAGGGGUAAUAAAAAUAUGGUUGGCGAUGGCAUUCAAUAUACUUUAGGCGAACAAGCUACAAAUAACCAAAAUUUUGACAUAAAUGAAGGCAAUAUUAAUGCAGUCAAUGAAGAAGAAAAGAUUAAGUCUCUCUUUGAAGAACUUAUUGAUAAAAAUGCUUAUGAGUGA